UUUUGGAAAAUCAUUAACAUUACUAUAUUAGUAUCAGGAAAAUCAACCCUUUAAGGAAACACAAUCGCAAAUUCAAUCUCUCUUUCCAAAAUAACCAACGACGAAAGUAAUAUUACAAACUCACCUACCUCUGUUCUUUUCCUAUAUAAACCAAACCUCUAGUCUUCUGCAUCUCACUCAUUUUGCAAAUUGAUAUCUAUAACAUCGAUAGAGUGACAAAAAAACAUAUCCAAGCACGAUGGAAAAGGCUAACUUCAAGCUGUUGUUCUGUGUUAUGCUUUUGGUUCUCGCUGUUUCUGGUACGUAUAUUAUUCGUUUAUGUUAUUUGAUUGUACAUGACGUGAUAGUAAAGAACUUUGAUGUGUUCACGAAAAAAAAAGCAAAAUUUUCUUUGAUCAAUUUCAUUUACUUAAACCGUCACCGAAAAAUUAAAUUUUGGUAUUAUAGGUGGGGAGAAGAACAUCAUUGGAGUGGAAGGGGGAAGAACAACACUGGACUGGCACGAGGAACUGCAUUGCGUGAGCAGACCAUGCAAAACUGAUGCCGAUUGCAAUCCGGCAAGCCAUUACAUUUGUAAUCAGGCAUUAGGCGUAUGUAUAUGCUCAUAAAGAGCGGUGUAUGCAAAGACGUUCUCGCCCAAACGUUAGAUAUGAAUCUCUAUAGAUGAACUAUUAGAGAGCGAAGUAUGUCGUUCAACGCUAAAUAACUGAUGUCCAAUUUUAUUUGCAUGGAAAUCAAUCAAAUGCAAAUUUUAUUUGGCUAGUUUAAUUUUCCCGUAUCCAUGAAUCUCUAAUUAUAGAACGAAUGACUUACCAAUGCAAUAUUGGGCCACAUUCCACAACGGAUAUUUCCCGCCAAAAGCCCAGUGGAUCCAUGGCGCGGGAAAGAAUAUGGAGACUGAUUCAAAGUCUGCGCUUUCAACAAAAGUCAACGCUCUUAAUUACCGAAAAAGUCAACGAUCUUUCUUCUGCUUAAAAGAUACUCCAAAGUUAUUUCUUCUACGAUACUUCAAAGCUCUUUUCCACGAUCCUUAAUCUCCGGUCCAUGGCGUCUUUCUCCGAUUCUGGUCCAACUUCUCUCCCCUUGAUUUCGCCGUCGCCGUCGCCGUCAUCCGCCGCCGUUAGGUAUGAGGUUUUCGUGAGCUUCAGAGGGGAAGACACUCGCAGGGGUUUCGCCAGCCAUUUGUGCGACGCGUUGUGCGGGAAGCUAGGGAUUUCCCUCGUCUACAAAGACGAAGACAAGCUCGCCGGCGGCGAUUCGAUUGGGCCGGAGCUCCUCAAUGCGAUCGAGGAAUCCAGAGUCGCCGUCGUCAUCCUGUCGCGGAACUACGCUUCGUCGACCUGGUGCUUGGAGGAGCUCGUCAGGAUCCUCGAGUGCAGGCAUCUCAAGGGCCAAAGGGUUCUCCCGAUUUUCUACGAUGUGGAUCCGUCGGAUGUGAGGAAGCAAAGGGGAAGCUUCGGAGUUGGCCUGGAGAAGCAUCAGCGGGAUUUCGAGCAGCUGGAGAGAUGGAGAAAUGCCCUGACGGAAGUCGCUAAUCUCUCCGGAUUCACUUCGGCGGACUACAGAAAUGAUUCGGAGAUGGUGAAGGACAUUGUGGAGAAGAUAUGGAGGGAACUGAUUCCUACAUUUCAGAGUAUCAGUAAACCCUUGGUCGGGAUGGAUAGGCGGGUGAGGGCAGUGAUUAAGCUAUUAGGUGAACGGGAUAGGGAUGUUAGAAUGAUUGGAAUUUGGGGGAUGGGGGGAAGUGGUAAGACAUCAGUGGCCAUGGCUGCUUAUGACGCCAUUCGAUUGCAGUUCGAGUUCAGCACUUAUCUUGCUCAUGUGAGGGAUGUCUGCAACUCCAACGGAGGGCUGCUUCAUUUGCAGAGGCAGCUAUUUGAGGGAACUGUAAGUCAGCCUGCAAAAGAUUUGGAGGGAUGGGGUUCUUUUGGCGCGAUCGAGAGGCUGAAGAGGGCUUUUAGGGGGAAGAAAAUGCUUCUUGUUGUGGAUGACAUUGACCACCAAGAACAGCUUGAAUCGUUAGCUAUGGAGCAUAGUUCGUUUGGCUUAGGAAGUCGAAUCAUCGUAACCUCCAGAGAUAGGCAUAUCAUGGAUGCUCAUGGGGUUGAUUCGACGUAUGAGACCGAGUUGUUAGACAACGAGGAAGCUAAGGUGCUGUUAUGCUCAAAAGCUUUGAAUCCAGAGCAAGCCAUGGAAGAUUUCAAGGAGGUGUGUGAAUGCGUUGUGGGUUAUGCAGAGGGGCUUCCCCUAGCACUAGAAGUGUUGGGUUCUUCCCUUCGUGGAAGAAGUGUCGGUGAAUGGAAAAGCACAAUUGAGAAGCUGAAGAGAAUCCCACCAGGCAAGAUUCUGGAGGUGCUGAAAAUCAGUCUCGACGGACUAGAUGAAGAAGAAAAGCAAAUGUUUCUGGACAUUCUGUUUUUCUGUAGAGAUUGGGAGAAACAAAGUGUUGUGAAGAUACUUGAAAGCAUGUAUUUGGGUGUAAACAUUGGGAUUAGGAACCUUGUUGACAAAUCACUGGUCAAUGAAGGAGGCUCCAAGUUUUUCAUUUCCCAUGACUUACUAGAAGAAAUGGGAAAAGCAGUAGUUCUUUCAGAAUGUCCAGAUGAGCCAGGAAAACGCAGUAGAUUGCGAGGAUAUGAGGAAGUCUGUCAUGUUCUUACCAAAGAAACGGGUAGUGAAAAUGUCAAAGUGAUGUACCUGCGGUUGCAUGACCCAAAGAGGCUAGAAUGUGGUGGUGAAGCCUUCAAGAACAUGAUUAAUCUAAGAUUGCUGAGGCUGGAAAAUUUACAGAUUACACAAGGGCCAACCUAUCUCUCCCAUGAAUUACGAGUUCUGCAUUGGUCCCCUUACCCUUCCAAAUCUCUACCAUCUAGUUUCAAUCCUCACCAUCUAAUCGAACUAGACUUGAGUUUCAGCUGGAAUUUGGAGCGUCUUUGGCAUGGACAUAAGGAUUUGCCCAAUCUAAUUGUGAUGAAUCUCUCUCACUGCAAGAAUCUAAUUGAGACCCCUGAUUUCAGUGGAACUCCUAACCUUCAGAGCCUGUAUCUCAAGGAAUGUGAGCUGUUGCCCAAGAUUCAUCCAUCAUUUGGAAACCUCAGAAAACUCAAUUUUGCAGAUCUCAAACAGCUAGUCUGUCUUAAGGCUUUUCCUACAAGCCUUGAAAUGAGCUCUCUGAAAUGUCUUCAACUUAGUGGCUGCUCAAAGUUGAAGAAGUUGCCAGAUUUCACUGGAAACAUGGAGUGCUUGGUUGAGCUUGAACUGGAUGGCCUUGGAAUCAAACAACUGCCUUCAACGAUCGGAUCAUUGGUUGGCAUGCAAACUCUACAAAUCAAAGACUGCCAUCAACUCAAAAGUAUUCCACACAGCCUAGGCUGUUUGACCUCCCUUAAAGAAAUUAUUUUACAAAGUUGUCCACGAUUGGAAGAGCUACCAAUCUCAUUGGGAUCUUUGGUUGGCCUUAAGGAGUUGUGCCUUUGGCGAUGUGACGGCCUCAGCAGUCUUCCGCCGAACUUGGGUUGUUUGACUUCCCUCGAAACACUUACCCUGGGAAGCUGUUGGAAACUGGAACAUUUACCUCCAUCAAUGGGCAACUUACUCAGUCUGGAGUUACUGCAGAUACACAAUUGUGUGAACCUGAAAGAUCUUCCAGACAGCCUGGGCUGUUUGACAUCACUUAAACAACUCUAUCUUGACUGUUGUGGUAAACUGGAGAAGUUACCCUCUUCACUGAAAGGCUUAAUUGCUUUACAAGAGUUGUCGCUUCAAUUCUGCCUCAGGGUUUGCUCGUUGCCUGAGCUUCCCUCCCAAAUUGAAAGGAUAUAUCUGAAUGGCUGCAUAUCCUUGGAAGAAAUUCCAGACACAAUCAGUCUCCGCUAUGGACUGCAGAUGCAGUGCUUUGAUUGCUUAAAAUUAGAUCAUUACCCUACAAGUACCCUGACGGAUCAGUCAGAUACCUCAGCAUUGCGGGCUCUCAAAAGAUACCUUGAGGGUCAUCCUCAUCCGCAAAAUCAUUGUAGCAUUGUGACUCCUGGAAUCAAUGUAAUUCCCGACUGGUUCAACUAUCAAAGUCAGGGGAGCUCACUAACAACAUUACAACUUCGAGAUGAUUGUCAUAGUAACAAUAAUUCAGACUGGAUGGGGAUUGCCACUUCUGUUUGCUUCAGCGUUUGUUACUCCACCGGUGAAUGCUCUGACGAUCACAUUUGUUCAAUCCAUUCUGACCUUGGAUUCCUCAAAGUGUCCCCAGGAGUAGUGACAGAGGGGGCAAACCACGUCUGGUUAUCCUACAUUCCUAAGGAUCCCAACAAGCCAAAACAGUGGAUGCUGCAACCCAAUAUCGAGCUGUCGUUCAAAGGCGGUUGCUCGCAUGUGAAGAUCAAGAGAUGUGGCUACCGGCACGUUUACCGCCAUGAUACUACUGAAGAAGAGUGCACCAACAACAUGCAGGGUGUGCCUCUGCAGAGUGAGGGUCAACCAUGGAAUGAUGAUGAUACUAGUCAGCGUCAUCGUGUCAGCGUACUAGGUUUCCGUUCCAGUAAGAAGCAACAACAUCUGAUGUUAGUACCGAGAGGGAAAAGAGUCAACUGGGAACUAGCUUUACUCAAGUCUGGGUUAUUAACCUCUCUCAUUUGUCAUCGUCGCCUGCAGUUAGUGCCGUGGCAUGAACCAGUUGUACUGGGGGCUACUGCGAUCAGCUUCAUUCUCAAAUUGUGUUCAAAUUGCAGUAGGGUGUUUACUUCCCCUAUCAUCAGCUUUCCAUUGUUGGCUCUUUUCCUUGUUCUGUUUGGGAUUCUUUUCGUCCUUGGAAAGCCUUGAGUACAGCAGAUACUUCAUCUAAUAAUCUGCAAGUGAGCCGGAUGGUUCUGUUUUUAUGAACCGUUUGUGAUUCAGGUGAGCCAUUAGACUUGAUCAUCUUUCUUUUGACUUUUACAUCCAAUUAUCUCAUGUAUAUAUCUAAGUCUGACUGAAGUUCACUCAUUUUCACAGUAAAGAAGGGAAAUACGAACGUUAAACAUAAGGAGACGAGCAAUAAUUCCAUGGAUCAUACACAAAUAAACUCGAAGUGAAGCU